CAAUAAUUAUCAGCACGUGAAAUCGGUUGUAAAUUGUAAAUUAAAUGGAAUCCAAGAGACUUUAUUUGCUUUUCGCAAAAUUGUUUAACUAAAUGGCUUUGCCUGAGAUAUCAAAAUUUUAGAAGACGUUAAAAUGGUUGAGUUAGAUGGCUGUUGUUAUUUUUUUGGACUCCGCUGUGGAUGUAUUCUAGGGGGUCUAUGGCUAAUCAUAUAUAAUGCACUUUUGAUAUACCUGAUGUAUUACGAGAUGAAGUACUCUCAGAGAUCCACAAUAGACUUAAUUACUGGCGAACACGAAAAAGAGACUACUGGAUUUUGGGUGCUGGGCACUACAUUUCUCUUGAUGGAUUUAAUAUCUCUGUUUUUGGUCUUUGGAGCCAUUUUGAGGCACCACAUUUCUCUUUUCAUAUUUUUACUAGGACAGAUUAUACCCAUCUCAGUUGAAUCGUUCUACUUGCUGACAGCCAUUAUUUAUGGCAUUGAAACCGAAAGUAUUAUAAUAUAUCUUUUACCAUUAUUAAUUCUGGUCUACAUUGAUGUGGUAGCUUAUUCCUAUUGGACUGAUUUGAAAAGUUCUAAGAAACUAACAGCUGUGUCACAAAUAAAUAUCUUUUAUUGAAAUUAGAUUGCAACUUAAACACAGCAAAGUACAUUUUUAAAAUUAGUUAGGAACCAUUUUAAAAUGCCUUAUACAUUUUGUUAGGACUUAAGAUCACAUACCACGUUUUCCGGUAGAACACACAAAAGACAGCGAUAAGGUUGGAUGACUUGAGAGCAGGAAAACAUGUCAAGAAAUAAAAACAAAAAUGAUUUAUCAUAA